CAAUGUAUUUCAUAUUUUUCUUUUUCAGAAAAAACCUUAUAAGAACUCCGAUUUCCUCUUCAACAAACCCAAUUUGAAAAAGAAAAAAAGAAGUUUCCAUUUCCCCGCCCAUAUAAAAUCAAAAACCUUUCUAUCCAUCCCCCUCUCUCUCUCUCUCUCUCUCUCUAAUCAAAACCCUCAUACUUACUUUCUCUCUCUUUCUCUGUCCCACUUUUCACUAUCUCUCCAAAAAGAGGGAAAAGAAAAUGGAAGAAGAAGAUCAGCAAAAAAUCAUAGAUCUAGUUAAAGAGCUAGUGCAUCGCUUGCUCUCUCAAAACCCUAACUUUAAAACCCCUAAUUCAAACCCUAACUCAACUGAUUUCCAGAAUGCUCUUCGCUAUGCAGUUCGUAUCCUUUCCAGCAGAUUAACUCCUUCAAUUUCACCUGAUUCUGCUGCAAUUGCUGAAUCUAUCAAACGUCGUCUCGCUACUCAAGGUAAAUCCUCACAGGCACUUACUUUCGCUGAUCUUUAUAACAAAUUCGCAUCCAAAAAUGGUCCUGGUAGCGUCAAUAACAAAUGGGCAGUUCUUUAUUUGCUUAAAAUUAUAUCUGAAGAUGAAAAACUUGCUAAAAAUGGCACAAACUCCACUCAUUUAUUGCCUUAUUUAGCUCUAAAUAGCCCCGACUCGAGUAAUGAUUCGCGGGUUAAUUGUAAUUUGAAGAGAGGAGAUAAGGAUUGGAAUAAUGGAGUUUUAUUGGUCGCAAAAGAUCCUGAGAAUUUGCGUGAGUUUGCCUUUAAGGAGUAUGUUAAUUUAGUUAAAGAAGAAAGUGAAGUGACUGAGGAGGUUUUGGUGAGAGAUGUGUUGUAUGCUUGUCAAGGUAUUGAUGGGAGAUAUGUUAAGUUUGAUGCAAAUAUUGAUGGUUAUGUUUUAAUGGAUAAUGUUAAGGUUCCUACAGCUACUAGGCUUAUGGUUAGGAAGUUAUGUGAGUUGGGGUGGUUGUUUAGGAAGGUUAAAGGGUAUAUCUCAGAGAGUAUGGAUCGGUUUCCAGCUGAAGAUGUGGGCACUGUAGGGCAAGCAUUUUGUGCUGCAUUGCAAGAUGAGCUCUCAGAGUAUUAUAAGUUGUUGGCUGUGCUUGAAGCGCAGUCUAUGAAUCCAAUUCCGUUGAUCUCAGAGAUGGCUAGUUCAAGUAAUUAUCUUUCAUUGAGGAGAUUGUCGGUUUGGUUUGCAGAGCCAAUGGUGAAAAUGAGGUUAAUGGCUGUUCUGGUUGACAAGUGUAGAGUUUUGAGGGGUGGGGCAAUGGCUGGGGCUAUACAUUUGCAUGCGCAGCAUGGUGAUCCACUUGUUCAUGAGUUUAUGAGGAAUUUACUUCAGCGCGUUUGUUCCCCACUUUUUGAAAUGGUUAGGAGCUGGGUUUUGGAAGGGGAGUUGGAGGACCUUUUUGCUGAGUUUUUUGUGGUGGGUCAGCCUGUGAAAGCCGAGUCACUUUGGAGGGAGGGUUAUCGGCUUCAUGCUGGGAUGCUUCCUUCAUUCAUUUCACCGUCUCUUGCUCAGCGUAUCUUAAGGACUGGAAAGUCAAUAAAUUUUCUUCGUGUUUGUUGUGAUGAUCGUGGCUGGGCUGAUACUGCAACUGAGGCUGCUACUGCUGCUGGAACCACAACUAGAAGAGGAAGUCUUGGAUAUGGUGAAACUGAUGCACUUGAAACCCUGGUUGUUGAGGCAGCAAAGAGAACAGAUAAGCAUCUCUUAGAUGUCAUGUAUAAAACGUAUAAGUUCAAAGAGCAUUGCCUUGCAAUCAAGCGUUAUUUAUUACUGGGCCAAGGUGAUUUUGUUCAGUAUCUGAUGGAUAUUGUCGGGCCUGAACUUUCUGAGCCUGCUAAUACUAUUAGCUCAUUCAAGCUAGCUGGAUUGCUGGAGAGUGCAAUUCGAUCAUCUAAUGCUCAGUAUGAUGACCCUGACAUAUUAGAUAGGUUGAGGGUCAAGAUGAUGCCACAUGGCACUGGAGAUAGGGGCUGGGAUGUGUUCUCUUUGGAAUAUGAUGCUAGAGUUCCAUUAGAUACAGUAUUUACAAAGUCUGUUAUGGCAAGGUAUUUAAGAAUUUUUAAUUUUUUGUGGAAGCUGAGACGAGUAGAGCAUGCACUUAUUGGUGCUUGGAAGACAAUGAAACCAAAUUGCAUUACUUCUCAUGCAUUUAUUAAGCUGCAGGGUGCAGUCAAGUUGCAGUUGCUCUCAACAUUAAGGCGAUGCCAGGUUCUUUGGGAUGAAAUGAAUCAUUUUAUUACGAACUUGCAAUAUUAUAUCAUGUUUGAAGUCUUGGAGGUAUCAUGGUCUGAUUUUUCAAAUGACAUGGAAGUUGCAAGAGAUCUUGAUGAUUUACUUGCAGCCCAUGAGAAGUACCUUCAUUCAAUUGUGGAGAAAUCUCUUCUUGGUGAACGUUCUCAGCUUCUUUACAAGUCGCUCUUUGUCUUGUUUGACCUUAUAUUACGUUUCAGAAGUCAUGCAGAUCGACUAUAUGAAGGCAUUCAUGAAUUGCAAGCAAGAACCAUGGCAAGCACUUUACCUUCUCAGGACAAGAAAAAAUCAAGAAGGCAGGCAACUGAUAAAUCUUCAGAACCUGGAUCAUGGAUUAGUGAUGGCCGGAAGGCCUUAACUCAACGUGCAGGGGAAUUUCUUCAAAAUAUGGGGCAUGAACUGGAUACUGUAGCAAAGGAAUAUACAACAUUGCUUAAAGGAUUCUUAUCUCAGUUGCCAGUGCAGCAACAUGUUGAUUUGAAAUUCCUCCUAUUUCGUCUUGACUUCACCGAGUUUUAUAGUCGGUUGUGUCCUAAUAAAUAGGAUUUAGAAGUUCAAAGUAAAUUUGCAAUUCAAGGCAUGUAAAGACAGCUUCAACUUGACUAAUUGCUCACCGCCAUGUGACUGAACAAUUGUGCAGUUCAUUGCUGACAUCUGGACAACUUAUUUGUAUUUCAUUCGUUAAUUUUAGAUGGUGUGUUCUCCUUUUUGAUGGCUUGCUUGAAAGUUUGCAAUCAUAUUGAAGGUAUUCUUGUAUCAUUAGAUGAGGGUGUUAAAAGUAGUGUAGACGGUUUGAGUAUGAUAGCCCAAUUCUUUACUUGUGGUUUUAUUCCAGGUGUUGCCAGCUUUAUAUCCUGUGCUUGUAUAUUUGUACUAUAGUUCUGUAAUGGCUAAGUGAUGAGUAAGGUAUGCCAUGAUUUUGCUUUUCAUGAUUUAA